AUGGACUACGUAAGCUCUAGUGAAAUCAAAGAAGUCGAAAAUAAACCGAAAACAAUAGAAGAUGUUAAUGUUGCGUUGGAAAGUGUUAUACAGCACGCUGGAGAAAUGGGACUUUAUCAGAAAUUGUUGUUUUUUGCGAUGUUCCCAUUUGCCAUUAUGUGGACUUUCGUUUAUUUCGGACAUAUGUACCUAACGCUGACGCCAGAACAUUGGUGCAAAGUACCGGAGUUAGAGGGACUGGAAGCGGAAUUAAGGCGAUCAUUAUCAAUUCCUAUGAAUUCUGCUGGUAGCUAUGAAAGAUGUAGAAUGUUUGACGCUAACUGGACUCAAGUUUUGGAGACUUUACAACCACCUGAUGAAGGAACACCUUUGAUAUUAUGUAACAAUGGUUGGGAGUUUCUCUUUAACGUUAUACCCUACGAGACUAUUGCUACUGAGAGGGAAUGGGUUUGCAAUAAAGCGAGUUACAUACCAAUAGUAACAACUUUCGGUUUUGCCGGAACCUUAUUGGGCGUUAUGACACUUGGAGUGCUUGCUGAUUACUUUGGGCGUGUUCCUCUUAUUAUAGUGGCCAAUUUAUGUGGGUUUUUGGGCGGUGUAGGAACUUUAUUCACGACUGGCUUUUGGGACUACGCAAUUUGCAGAUUUAUUGUUGGCCUUAGCAACAAUCAAUGUUUUAUGCUUAUGUACAUCUUAGUAUUGGAAUAUGUGGGUUCCAGCCACCGUACGUUAGUAGCUAACAUGUCUAUUGCAUUGUUCUUCGGUAGUGGAUGCCUUGUGCUACCGUGGCUGGCUUACGGUAUAGCCGACUGGAGAAUUCUGCAGAUCGUUAUGGUGACACCAAUAGUAGCAGUAAUUGCAGUGCCAUUUUUGCUACCUGAAAGUGCAAGAUGGUUGUCAACGACAGGGAAAGUAGACAAGGCUUUAAAAAUGAUAAGAAGAGUUGAAAAGGUCAACAAAAAGGAAAUACCUCAAGACGUGAUUGAUCAUUUUAUGGAAGUAAGCAAAGAAAAACCUGCUUCAGAAGCAGGUGUACUGGAAUUCAUUAAGACACCAGAAUUACGACUGACCUCAGUCUUAUUGAUCGUAGCCAUAAUGUCUACGACGUUAACUUUUGAUACUGUAUUGAGAAUGUCAGAGAAUAUUGGCUUGAACGUAUUCAUCACGUUUACAAUAUCGGCUGCUACAGAAGUACCAUCUACAUCGUUGUUGGUUUUCUUGUUAGACAGGUUUGGACGACGGUGGCUUGUCUUUUGUCCAACUAUUGCAACAAUAGUCCUCAAUAUGACCAACGCAUUUGUCACAAACAACUUGGCAUCUGGAGCGCUUCUAGUUUCCGCAAGAUUCUUCAACAUUAUGGCAUAUAAUACAUUAAUCCAAUGGACUCCAGAGCUGUUACCUACCUCAAUGAGGGCUUCUGGUGGGGCACUCAUCUUUACUUGCGGUAAUCUUACAUUAUUGCUGUCGUCAUUCGUCGUUUUUUCGGCACAGUACUGGCAAGGUCUCCCAUUCUUAAUAAUAUCAGUAUUCGCUGUACUGGCAGCUAGUUGUGCCCUCUUCAUACCAGAGACAAAGGGCAAGCCAAUGCCAUAA